GAGAGCUUCGAAGGGAUUUUGAGAUCUCGCGGCUCCUUCGUUCCUCUCCGCUCAACUAAUACCUCUGAUCCAUGGCUAAUCUACUGUAACUUCUUAGAUUUGAUUUUGGCGCGUUAUUAGAAGCCCCAAUAUCUUACUUUAAACCCACUCGGUGUCCCUCGUGAUCGAUUUAGGGUUUCGCUGGUCUUAGCGAGAUCUGAGAUUUCGUCAUUGUCCCGUAUUGAUUCCGAGUCAUCUUCUUAGCAUCCAAUAUUUUGUUUGUUGCUUGGAUUUUGUCCUUAAUCUUAAGAUGUCUCGGUGUUUCCCGUUCCCGCCACCUGGCUAUAUACUGAACGGAAUUCGCGAUGAGGCUCUGAUCGAAUCGAUCAAGGGGGCAGAGGAAAAAGCUAAGAAAGAACAACGGAGGAAGGAGAGAAAAAGAGAGAAGAAGGAUAAAAAUGAUAAAAAAGAUAAGAAAGCUAAGAAGGAGAAGAAGGAGAAAAAGAGGAAGGAGAGGGAAAGAGGGGAUGGUGAAAGCGAAAAGCACAGACAUAAGAGACGGCAUAAAGAAGAAGGUGCCAAAGAUAGUCAGAAUCAGAAAGUUGAUGUUUUUCGCAAACUAAAAGAAAGGGAAAAUGACUGUUUGGAGAAGAGUAGCCUUACUGUAGAACGUGAGCUGCUUCCGUCGACGUCUCAGAACUCUUGUGACAGCACUGUUAACAGCAAUGAGUUACCUAAGCAGAAGGAGAAGCAGCCUCUCGAUGGUAGACGUAACAAUGACUCUGGAUCUACUAUUCUUGUUUUGCCUUUUCAGGACAUUGAUGACAUUAUUUCUUCAAAUUGUUGGUAUGAAUUUGAAGAAAGCAUCAUUCGGAUCCGAUUGCCUCUCCGAAGGCUUAAAGAUCCUGAGUUGAUGACGAUGACCAACAACGAUCAACAAAAACUGUGUCCUUCCCGGGAAACAAAGUUAGAUACCUCUCAGCGUGAUACUAGAGAGCAGCCGGUGAAACAGCAACAACCUUGUUCCACUUCUGCACCAGGACAUGCUUCAAAGCCACUUGAAGAGAAAAGAAGAGAUCACGUUUUCACAACGAAACUCGCUAAAGAGAAGAAAUUUAAACCUACUAGCCAAGAAACUUUUCAACCUUCAAGCCUGUGCAGGAUUUGCCCUCCAUCCAUGGCUGUGCAAUUCUUGAAUGUAGUUGAGAAUUGGGUCCCUAGCACGAUCGAGAGAAGAGUAGAGCUCAUUAACUCUGAAGAUGAAGAAUGUUGGUGGUCCAUGAAUAAGCCAAGUAGCCACAAUUUCGGCACAGAAAGAUGCAAACAGCUUAGUAGAAACAAUGAGACCAAGGAAGUAAUAAGCAGUUCAGUGGCGUGGCCACGUGCUCGCCUUUUAUUAGAAGCUGAUGUUCAUGCCUUACCUUACACCGUCCCUUUCUGAUAAUGUCAAAGAGCAGGGAGAUUUUAACAAGGAACCUGGUCGAGAUAUCCAUGUACCGGACUCGGACCAGACAUUUUUUGGUUUAGCCUUAUAAGGUUGUAUGAGACCACUGUUUGUUGUUUUUUGCGGUUACUUAUAUAGUAAUAUCAGUAUAA